AUGAAUCAGACUUAAAAAUCUAGAGUUUACCCCUAUCAUGCUAGAAAGCUUAAAGAGAGCUUCUCUGACAGACAAUCGCAAGAUUCCUAGUCUUAAUCCUAGAACUAAAAUAGCAGCAGCCCAAAUGCCACUAAAUCUCAGUUUAUUAAGCAUAGAAAUAAGUCAGAACUUGACUAAAUUCAGGACAAGUUUUUCAACUUUGGAGGCCAGACUCAGUCUGUGAGGCUGCCCUUUUUGAAUAAGUCUCACAUAUAAAACCCUCUUGAAGUCUCCAAUAUCAUACUGGGUCUUACUCAAACAUACUUGAAAUCACCCAUUAAAAAAAGAGAAGAAGAGGAUAGAAGUGAAAAGACUGCAAGUAAGAUGUCCAAAGAGCUAUCACCUCAGCAAAUAUUGCAAAAUAUACAUGAUCAAUUGGGAGGGAUGCGCCCCAUAGACAUUAAGAAAGUGAGGAAGCUAUCACCCUAUAAGCAGUAGAAAUUUUACUAUGACAAAGAGCUUAUGUUUAAUCGUGAGUCUUAAAAGCGAAAAAGGAAUUACACUGAGCAAUAUUACAAGACUCGCACCAUAGCAAACAGUGAAAGUUAUUUGAAUAAGUGUGUGGCCUAAGUUAACGGCGUUAAGCUAUUCAAAGAGCAGGACGAGAUAGAGUAUGAUCGCUAGUAAAGCCAAAUAAAGAAUAAAAAGCAGGAGUUUGCAAUCAUCAACAUGUCGAAGAUCCUGGACGUUGAAAAUGAAACCGAUUACGAGGAGAUGAUGAUAUAAAAUACCACCUAAGAUAUCGACGGCAGCACAAGCGCUUAAAACACUACUGUAGACAUUCUAGAUCACGCCUAAUAGUAGCUAUAGCAACUUCAAUUGUACAAUCCUAUCAAUAUUCAUAAGUAUCAUGAAGAUGAGUUGAAGAUCGAAUCAGGAAUAGAUAAGAGAUUUAGAUUUGUGUUGGAGUAAUAAGCAAGACAGCCUAAUCUCAAGGAUGUCGAAAUAUCUAAUAGCGAGAUUCUUAAGAAAAUUAGACAGAGAUACUUCCAAAACUAUCAAAUAGUGCCAAUUAACACUACAACUCAGCAAUAGAUAUAGAAUGAUUUGCUGAAGACAUCUAUUGAUAACUCAUUUCUGUCUAUCAAACCCACCAAAAAUAGAAACAAUAAUAAAAAGCAGACUAGCUCAUUAACUUUAAAUACGACAUCGAAGGAGUUAGUCCAGUCUAGACUUUAUCUGCCCACUAAGUAUUCAGUGACGCCUAAGAUCAGAACUGCUUCAAAUGAAGAGUAUACUAAGUUACUUUCAAACUCUAAUUUCAUCCUGCCACAAAUAUUCAAUCAAGUGCUGUUUAAAAAGGUAUGUGAAGACCUCGAAAAAUAAAAAUAGGUGUUAAAGGAGUAAUAAGAUAAGAAAUAACAGUAACAUGAUGGAAGUGAAAUAUAGGAUAACCAGAAGAAAGACACUUAAACCUCUCCAUUUAUUACAUAAUAAAAGCCAGAGUAAACUUAUAAAUCAGCUAUGAAACAGCCCAGUGAAAAUAGAUCAUCUAACAAUGGAUCUAACCUUCGCAUGAGUCGAACAAAUGACAAUCGUAAAACAGUAAGCAUAUCCCCGUUUUACGAAUCUACGAUUCUUCCAGCACCAAUGACUAAGUUCUCACCUUAAAAAGUAGAGCAGUCGCCUAGGUAUUUGAAGGUGAGACCAUCUAUUAACUUAGAAAAAGACUAGGAAUACAUAAAUGAUACAAUUAAGAAGGGUUAAAAAGUGUGCUUUAGUGGCAAGCGUGGCCCUGUUCAAUACAGUGAAAUGGCUUUGUACCUAAGUGAGCAGACCAAUAAUAAGAAAACUAAAAGCAUAAAACAAAGAAUGGAUGAGGAAACCACUCAAAUUCUGUAAGAGAUAUUUAGAUGA